AUGCAAAUGCGGGACAGAUUUUUAUAUGAAAUAUAUCAAAGCGAAAACCGCAAGUCGUCUCACUACAAGGUAUUGACAAGAGAAAAAUAUAUAAAUUUGAUUGAGCAGGUUGAGGAGGCUGAACUUGCUGAGAAGAAGACUCCAAUGCAAUAUAGACGGCUGAAGCGAUUCGGUGUGAUCAAUAUUGGGAAUGAAAAGAAACUCGUUGCUAGAGGAGAUGGAAAUUUAAGGUAUUUUUUACCAGCGGAUGAGCUAUUUGAUGUGAUUGAUGGGAUCCAUGAUGCUAUUGGUCAUGCUGGUCGCGACAAAAUGUUGGCUGAAGCGACACAGAGCUUUGCAAAUAUCACCAAAGAAAUGGUAUGUUUAUACUUAUCGAUGUGUGAGAUUUGUCAUCAGCGGAAAGUUAAAAAAAGUAGCUUUUAA